GAUCGAACUGGGAACUGGGAAUCGGAAAAAAGAAAAAUGUCUCUACCGCUGGUGCUGCAUCUCUCUAAAUUCAAUUCUCUCUCCAUCUCCUCCACUACUACUACUACUCCCUUCGUCAAUGGCGGAUCAGCGCCCCUCUCUCUCCUCAAAAGACCCUCCUCUUAUUCUCCUCCAUCUUCUAUUUCUUUCCUCCCCAAAAUUCGGGCAAUGAGAUCAAUGCAGGGGCGUGUUGUCUGCGCCACCAACGACAAGACCAUCGCCGUCGAAGUGACGCGUCUGGCGCCUCAUCCCAAGUACAAGAGGCGAGUGAGAAAGAAGAAGACCUAUCAGGCCCAUGACCCAGAUAAUACCUUCAAGGUUGGAGAUUCUGUCCAGCUCGAGAAGUGUAGACCCAUCAGUAAGAAGAAGACUUUCCUCGCUAUUCCUCUACUCGCAAGGAAGAAUUCUAAGCCCAAGGAAACUGUGCUCGACCUUCAGUCCCAGCAGCAGCAGCAGCAGCAGCAGGCUUGAAGAUAUAUAUAGAGAGAGAGAUGAUGAACUACUUGUACGAUUCUUCUUAAUUAAUUGUUGUUAUUUUUAUCAUAUGUCUUCAACUUCCCAAUCCCCAACAACAACAACCUACCUUCUUCAGUACUCAUGGAUAGGAGGAUAUGUUUCUUUCUCUUCUACAAAAACUGAUUAUGAUGAUGAUGUCUUCUUUAUCA